CUGCGUGAAUUUCAGAAUGCCCAAACGAUGAUAUUUGCCAUAGAGGAAAUCAACAACAGAACUGAUAUUCUUCCUGGUGUCAAAUUGGGUUAUAUCAUCUAUGAUUCAUGUGGAUCAGUAGAAAUGGCCACAAGAGCCUCCUUGUCCUUGGUAAAUGGCAAUGAAAAAAAUACAUCUGUAAUGUCUUGCUUCAAACCUAAUUCAGUUCAAGCAAUCAUAGGACAAACAUCCACCACCCCGACUAUUGCCACUGCUGCUACUGUAGGACCUUUAAAAAUACCUGUGGUCAGUCACUUUGCUACAUGUGGGUGCCUUAGUGACAGGAAGAAAUACCCAUCUUUCUUCAGAACUGUUCCCAGUGAUUACUACCAGAGCAGAGCUUUGGCUAAGUUAGUCAAGCAUUUUGGCUGGACAUGGGUAGGGGCCAUAUGCAGUGAUAAUGACUAUGGAAACAAUGGCAUUAAUGAAUUUAUCAUUGCAGCUAAAGAAGAGGGAAUAUGUGUUGAAUACUCUAAAGCAUUUUAUAGAACAGACCCGAGAGAAAAAAUUCUAAAAGUAGUUGAGCUGAUCAAGGCUUCAACCUCCAAAGUUAUUGUAGCAUUUGUCGCCUAUCCUGAUCUUGGGUUUCUUCUAAAGGAAAUGGUGUUACAGAACAUGACUGGGUUUCAGUGGAUUGGAAGUGAGUCCUGGAUUUCUGAUAUAAACCCAGCCAAUAUCCAAUGGCAACAUGUUCUAAAAGGAGCCAUGGGUUUUGCAAUGCCAAAAGCUCAAAUCAAGGGCCUGGAGGAAUUUCUGGCCAAACUUAGUCCAGCUUCUGCUGUAAGUCUUUAUAAAGAGUUAUGGGAGACAAUAUUUGACUGCAAAUUUUCCACACAAGAAAAUGCUGAGAUGAAACAAGUGUGCACUGGCUAUGAAACUCUUAGUGAAUUUCAAAACCAGUAUACCGAUGUUUCAGAGUUACGAGUUGCAAAUAAUGUGUACAAGGCUGUGUAUGCUGUGGCUUAUUCCCUGCAUAACAAAUAUGGAUGUUCAGAGCUCGAGAAUGGACAACAAAGGCGUACUGCAUGUACAAUUAUAACAAAUAAUAAACCAUGGCAGGUAGUCAGUGAGUUGCAGAAACUCCAUUUCAUCUCUCCCACUGGAGAGAAUGUAUUUUUUGAUGCGAAUGGAGACCCAGCAGCAAGGUAUGAAGUGCUAAACUGGCAACAAGACAAGGAUGGUAAAACAAAGUUUGUUAAUGUGGGCUUCUAUGACGGCUCUUUGAAAACACACCAGCUGUCAUUGAGCAACAACAGUAUAGCCUGGGCCCACAAUGAACCACAUGCACCCAUCUCAAUGUGUGGUCCAAGUUGUCCCCCAGGCUACAGAAAGGCUGUUCAGAAAGGAAAGCCAAUCUGCUGUUUUGACUGUAUACCAUGUGCAGAGGGAGAAAUCAGUAAUAUAACAGAUUCUGUAUCAUGUACAAAGUGCCCACCUGAACUGUGGUCGAAUGACAGGAAAGAUACAUGUGUCCUUAAGCUGGUGGAAUUCCUGUCAUUUGAGGAAAUAAUGGGGAUCAUUCUUGUAUCAUUUUCUUUGUUAGGAGUAUCAUUCUCAGUCUGCAUUGGUGUGAUAUUUUUAAAAUACAAAGACACCCCAAUUGUUAGAGCAAAUAAUUCUGAACUUAGUUUCUUGCUGCUGUUCUCUCUGACUCUGUGUUUCCUCUGUUCACUUACUUUUAUUGGCCAGCCUUCCAAAUGGUCCUGUAUGCUGCGCCACACAACAUUUGGGAUCGCAUUUGUCCUUUGCAUAUCCUGUGUACUGGGUAAAACAGUAGUGGUGCUAAUGGCCUUCAGGUCAACAUUUCCAGGCAGUAAUGUCAUGAAAUGGUUUGGUCCUCUACAGCAGAGACUCAGUGUUCUUGCCUUCACUCUUGUACAGGUUAUUAUUUGUGUACUGUGGUUAACAAUAUCCCCUCCUUUUCCCUACAAAAAUACAAAAUACUACCAGGAAAAAAUCAUAUUAGAAUGUAAUAUAGGCUCAGCUGUAGGUUUUUGGGCUGUGCUGGGUUAUAUAGGACUUCUGGCUGUUUUGUGUUUUAUUUUGGCUUUCCUGGCCCGGAAACUGCCGGAUAAUUUUAAUGAAGCCAAAUUCAUCACAUUCAGCAUGCUUAUAUUUUGUGCAGUUUGGAUCACCUUUAUUCCUGCUUAUGUCAGCUCUCCUGGAAAAUUCACUGUAGCUGUAGAGAUAUUUGCUAUUUUAGCUUCAAGCUUCGGGUUCCUUAUCUGCAUAUUUGUUCCAAAGUGUUACAUUAUCAUACUGAAACCAUAUAAAAACACUAAAAAGCAAAUUAUGGGCAAAACAGAUUCUAAAUAA